AAACAUGUGAAAGGUUUCAGGUUUGGUAAUGGCCUUAUCAUAAACUUUGUAAAAAAGAAUUGUAAAGUGUCGACUGGCGAGUACUUUUAUGAUGGAAAGCGGGGACAGGCAAAAUAACAAAAUAGGGAUCAUUGGGGGAUCCGGGUUAGAAUCAAUUGAACUCUUCACAGUUAAAGAUAAAGUGAACUGCAACACACCGUAUGGUAAGCCAAGCAGUUCGCUUAUAAAUGGGACACUGAAUGGUAUAGAAUGUGUUCUGUUAUCGAGACAUGGGGAUUCACACGAUAUCAUGCCGACUGAUGUCAAUUAUAGGGCUAAUUUGUACGCAUUGAAAGAAGCGGGUUGUUCUAUUAUCUUAGCAACUACAGCGUGUGGAUCUUUACAGGAAGAACUAAAACCAACAGAUUUUGUUGUAAUUGAUCAGUUUAUUGACCGUACAACAAAACGUCAUUCCACUUUUUAUGAUGGACAAAAUGUUCAAAUGAAAGGUGUUUGUCAUAUUCCAAUGCGAAACCCAUUUUGUGAAAAGUUGCAAAAUGUGCUGCUAUCAGCAUGUAAUGUAAAUAAUGUUAGUUGUCACUCUAAGGGUACUAUGGUAACUAUUGAAGGGCCACGGUUUUCCACAUAUGCUGAAAGUAAUUUAUUCCGUAAAUGGGGUGGCUCUCUUAUUAAUAUGACAACUGUACCUGAAGUAGUGUUAGCAAAUGAACUGGGUAUGUUGUAUGCUGCCUUGGCCAUGGUGACCGAUUAUGAUUGUUGGAAAGAGGACCAUGCUUCAGUAAACGUGGAAAAUGUUAUGAAAACCAUGAAAGUUAAUCGAGGCAAUGCUUUAAAAGUUCUUGUUUCAGCCGUUGAGAUUAUUUCAAAACAAAACUUGCAACCUGAUAUUCAACUUGCUGAAAAAAAUGCCAAAAACUCUGUUAUGUUCAGUGCAACAAUCUUCACUUUUUAACAGUGUAUUUUAUAACUGCCGAAAAUUUUGUUAUGUUAUAAAAAACUGCCCAAAGCUCCGUUAUGUUGUAAAAGAACAUCAGAGAAACAAUCUUCACUUUUUAACAGUGUAUUUCAUAAACCAUUGCAUCAUUGGUACAUUUAAUAAACUUAUAAUAUUAG